AAGGUGUUCACCACCUUGCAUUCAUCCAGCACAGUGCUUGCAUACAAAACAGUGGAGGAUCUUAGUGAUUCGGAAUCAGACGAAAACAGCUCAAAAUGAAUUCUAAGCUGUCGUUUGUGCAUGUUUGUUUGCGUUGCUUUUUGCUUCCAGCAGUGAUGGGUUUGAUUUGCUAUCAAUGUAAAUCAACGGUGUCAUGGGAACGGUGCCGAACAACAACUAAAACAUGCCAUCCCAGCAAUGAUAGAUGCGCCAAGGUCCACUAUAAAGUCGGUGACGUCGAUUAUUUUCACAAAGAUUGCAUCCCCAAAGCUGAAUGUGUUAAGAAGGCAAACCCUUUGUGUAAAAGAGCCGUUGAGUGUGACGUCAACUGCUGUGAUGGAAACGACUGCAACGCCGGUCCUCUCUUUCUUAUCAGCGGUAUCCUGUUCUUGACAUGCGCUGUGAUAUCUUUGGUGUCUCUAACCGAAACUUGAAAUUAAAGUAACUGGCAAGACUGCAACAACGCAACGCUGAGGUUUAGAGUUGGUCAAAAGAAUAACUGAAAGCUUAGGAUGUAACAAGCUUAGAACUGUGCCUGAAUAAAUUUUGUGGAAAUAUAAUAGGCUUAUCUUGAAAUUAGAUGUAAUCGAGUGUUGAAAUAUUUGUUUCUUUUAGUUUAAGUGACAUGCCCGGGAAAUAGUUAGGUUUAGCUAAGCGCAUUGACUACUAAAAACAUUCAAAAUUUAA